AAGGAGAUGGUCUACAAUCAGAAGAUGACCCACAAUCAGAAGGAGAUGGUCUACAAUCAGAAGAUGACCCACAAUCAGAAGGAGAUGGUCUACAAUCAGGAGAUGACCCACAAUCAGAAGGAGAUGGUCUACAAUCAGAAGAUGACCCACAAUCAGAAGGAGAUGACCAACACACCAAACAAGAAUGCCAAAAUGAAAAGAAAAAAAAGAU